AUGGGUUGCAGUUUUCUAAUUAAUAAGAGCUCCUUCAGCUUUAAACAAAAAAAGAAGCUAAUUAACUUACCGGUUGAGAUUUGGAUAAGGAUAUUGAAACUAUUGCCGUUAAGUGAGCUUAAAGACCUAUGGUCACAAGAAAUUAUACUCAAUAGAAAGCUCGCAUUUGUGAUUGGGUACCUAUUGGUUAAUGGAGAUAUUCACAUAUAUAAGAUUUCUUCAAGAUAUUGGUCAUAUUUUGAGCCACCAAGUUUAAAGGCGCCAUUGGCUGCAAAAGAAUAUUUUAAUAUUUUACGACUUGGAAAGAGGAACAAUUUUGGAUUUAUUCCCAGGAGCAUAACUGUGAUAUUUUUCUUAUUUACAAGAAAGUGCUAUUCGAAACUUAAAAUUUUCCUUGACUUUCUUUACAGUUGUAUAAACAUUGGGUCGGUGAAUUCUGAAAUUGUUCUUGUAAACGGAAAUUUAAAACUCUCUCAAUUACAAUUUGAUUUCGUUAAACCUUUUCAAAGAGUAUAUCAAUUAUAUCUAUACAAAGAUUAUUCAAAAAGGUUAACAGGAAACAUCAAUGUUACUGAUCUAGUAUUGGAAGUUGAUAAUCAAAAUGAUAUUACGCAAUAUCCAAAGCAGUUAAAAUAUUUAAAAAUUUCUCCGAAACCAAAUACGCUUCAAAGAAAUAUACACAUUUCGUUGAAAAACCUUCCUGCGAGUAUAGUACAUCUCAAUAUCGAUCAAAAUAUUAAUAUUUUAGACAGCGGGAGAGAGUUCUCUAAAUUGGAAUAUUUUGAAUGUCUGGUCGAAAAAACUGAUAAUCAUUACCUCGUGAGAGAAUUUUUAUUGAAAAACAGUCUUAGUUUGAAAUACAUUCAUCUAGAAUAUAAUUCAUUGGCUGACUACAGUUUCAGUCACUUUAAUGAAUUAAGAAUUUUGAAUUUAGUCAAAUGUUCAAACAUACCCUUUCACACUUUGAAUUCUUUGCACAAAUUAAGGCGACUUUCUUUCAUCAGUUGUGAUAUUUCCACAAUUAAUAAUAUGAAUUUUCCCCCAAAACUUAAGGAAAUUUACAUUUCACCCGGUAAUAGAGAUAUCCUUCAAGGUUUAGUAUUGCCCAAUAGUUUAGAGUCAAUUACAAUUAUCGAUGUGGAGCACAUAGCAUAA